UUUGAAUGACUUAACAGCCGCUAAAGUAGGCCUUGCAACCAAUUAUUGUUGAGUACAUUCAGGCACGUGGUGUGUUAUGUUCUUUUGUUUUCUUGUCCUAAGUGGGCGUGUUUGUUUCUGCGCUUAGCUAGUUUUUGUCCAAAACAAAACUAUCAUCCAAAGUGUUGCAACUACAGUCUGUAAACUUCUGCAUGAGUCUGGCAGGUCUUUAAUAGCAUCAUCGACUUUGAUAACAGUAAGCAAGUAUGCUUCUCUGACAUUGUUUUACUAGGCCCAAGUCUCUCAGUGUUUCCAUGGAAACAUUAAUCUAUAGUUCUGAGAUGUUUCAUUUAGGUGUUUACUGGAAAGCACGUGGUUAUUGUAGGAUAGCACAAGCACAACCAUACCUUUGAAUUGCUUAGCAACGAAUUGAGAUUUGUAGACUGACCGAAGCUGUAAAAACAUAUCGAUAUCAUGUUAAAGGGAAACAAAUUCAAAACUUUACGCUAUAUGUUAGCAUCCAAAAGACUUGUGCUCUUAUCAGUCUCAGUAAUUUGUAUUAUAGUUGCGCUAAUUUUAAUUGGGAACAGUCAGUCUAAAAACAGAGGAAAUAUCUUGCCUCACUGGUUUAGUGCAAUAAAUGCAAGACGAAGUGGUGUCGACAUUACAGCAAUAUCAUGGGCAAAGCGCCAUCGUCCAGCGCUCCAUGGAUCAAAGUUAGCAGACGAGAUAAGCUGGGAAAUACGUCGAAAUUUGAGCAGAAGUGAAAUGAGGCUAGUAAAGCAACGACUGUCAAGGCACAAGACAUAUGUUAGCAACUAUACGGCCUGUCUGAAGAAAAGGUUUAAAGAAUUUGAGCGAAAUUUGCCCAAGAAGUUGAUGAGGUUCCCACCAGCGUUUAAUGAACUUAUGAUGCAGCUACACAAAAAAUGCAAUGCUGAAAUCCUUGGAGGAGGAGAGAGAUGUGGUCCCAAGCAUCAGAAGCUGGCUGGACAUCUUUAUGUAAAUAAAGACGUAUUACCGAUGGAUGAAUUGAAGAAAGAGCUGUCUACUGUUCGACUUGGCGGCCUGUGGAGCCCCAGUGACUGUACGCCAAAGGCAAAGCUAGCUAUUGUGAUACCAUUUCGAAGGAGGGAACACCACUUGCCUGUACUCCUUCGGCAACUCCACCCAGUGCUACAAAGGCAAAAACUGCUAUACCGAAUAUUUGUCAUUGAACAGGUAGACAUGUACCCUUUUAACAGGGGGAAAUUAAUGAAUGUUGGCUUUGUUGAAGCAAAAAAGGUCUUCAAUUUUGAUUGCUUUGUCUUCCAUGAUGUUGAUUUGAUCCCCGAAGACGAUCGCAACGACUAUGGCUGUCCAUCAUCACCUCGACAUUUGUCUGUUGCCGUUGACAAGUUCGAUUACAACUUGCCAUACGCUGGAAUUUUCGGUGGUGUUGAAAUGUUUACAAAGGAGCAUUUUCAGAUGGUGAAUGGAUUUAGAAAUUCAUAUUGGGGAUGGGGUGCAGAAGAUGAUGACUUAUACAGAAGGACCGUCAAGGUUGGUUUACAGUUAACCAGGCCAUCAAUGAAACAUGGGCGUUAUACUAUGAUAAAACAUCCAUCAUCAGAAACUCCACCAGACAGACUCGACAAACUAGGGGUUGCAGAGAAUGCAUUAACCUCAGAUGGGUUACUGUCAUUACACUACAAGCGUUUAUCAAUUCAUGAAAACUUGCUCUACACUCUUGUGAGGGUAAAUUUGAGAAUGGAGGAUGACAUGGUGUACUAGUAAUACUGCUGUUGAGCUAGUUUAAAGGCAAUCUGUCUCGUUGUGGAUUGGUUAACGAGAACAAUAGCUGGAACAAUAGCCUAAACACGAUUCCAGCGCUCCGCCAUAUUUUUACAAUUCGAUAAAUUAAAGGGAGACUGGAAACAAUAAAAAUCCCUUUGUUCUUAUAACCAAUCAACUUCGUGACAGAUUGUCUUUAAUGACGAGAUGACGGUGAUAGCAUUGCUAAACGUAAAAUCUAUCAUUGUUACCAAUAAAGAUGCAAAAAUGAAGAAUGAGGGCUUAUAUUGGUUUUCACCUGAUUGAGAAGAUACCCCAAAUGUGAGUCAGAAAGAGACAAAAGUUGAAGAGCUGAAAUCAUUGCACAUACAAAUUUUGUAUAAAGCCAGAAGGCAACAUUCCACGAUUAAUUUUCUACAUAAAAUAAAAUGCGAUUUAUGUAUAAAUUCUUUAACUUACUAGUUACUUAGACCUAUAAAUACAGAAUACAAUUCACGGCUUAUUAUUUGUUGUUUCCAUCCUUUGUUUAUUAAAACUAGCCAAAGCUUGAUGUUGGUAUUUUUUGAUGCGUUGGGGCUCAGCUCAGGUUCUGUUGACAUUAUUCUCAAUUCUGCAUUGAUUUUCAUAUAAGCAUAUAUCAUUAACUGUUUCUCAGACCACUGAAUAACAACUUUUGCAUGACAUAUUUAAUAGCACGGUUCAUUAGCUUAUAGGAUUUUCAAAAAUACAUUAUUCCUCUUCUAAUUUUUAAUCUGAGGCUGGCUAUCUUCGAAACGCUCUUCUUAUUUCUUUGGAAAAUAUCGACUCACUGUUCUUCAAAAAGUGCGCUUUUAAAAAAGAGUGAAAUAAUUUCAGGAUUUUGAUUAUUCAUGUUGCUGAAGGUUGAACAACAAAUUUGUAGCUCAUAUCUGUUUUUAGAAAAUCUUACGUCCUGUUUGUGCCAAUUUUGAAACUGUUUACCGGGUACACGCCUUUUUAUAAAAACACUUGGCACCAGUUUCAUCCUGGAGUUUCUUAUUUUUUGUCUAAUUUUUGCCUAACGUGUUUCUUAUUUUGUUUCUUUUUUCUAAGUAGGUUUCCUGUGCAUUGUAGGGUCCGAACAUAACAUGUGAUUGAUAAAGUAAUUGAUUCUAUUUUGCUUAUCGCUUUCUGUUUUUCUGUUGCUAUUUUUUCGUUUUUCAAUUUUUGCUUUAAUUCUAUUUCUUCAGUUUCGUUGAAUGUCAGCCUACCAACCUGUCUUGUUUCUCAUGUUGUUCCUAUUUUUUGGCCAAAUCUCAGCCUGAUUAUAACGGUCGUUUGUUUUUAUAAAAUAAAGCGUGUUCGUGCUGUCAAAAUUGUUAGCACUCCUUUAAUUUAAUCAAAACACACACGCAUUUCGUUGUUUUUCAUAGCGUAACUUAAUUAAAAUAAAGGUUGAAGUUUUAA